AUGUCGGAAAAUUUUAUUCAAAUUCAAAAAUCAUUAAAAAUCUAUUUAAAAGGUAUUACAGAAGAAAAACAAUUAUGGGAAAUUUGUAUGAAAAGAACAGAUGAAGCAUUUGGAUUUGCUACGGGUGCUUUAUUUAUUUCAAAAAUAUUUCAUGAAAAAAAUAAAGAAAAAAUUGAAUAUAUUGUUGAAGAAAUUCGUUCAGCAUUUAUUGAAACUCUACCGAAUAUUAAAUGGAUGGAUAAUGAAACACGUCAACAAGCACAAAUAAAAGCAAAAAUGAUUAUUAAUAGACUUGGUUAUCCAAAAUGGAUCGAAGAUAAUAGAAAUAUUGAUAGAUUCUAUCAAGAUUUAAUUCUAUCAAAGACUAAUAAUUCAAUUAUUAAUCAUAUAUUAGUACAACGAUUUCAAAAAGAACAAAAUUUGAAAAAACUUGAUCAACGUCCGAAUAUGGAAGAAUGGACAAUGACACCAGUUGAUGUAAAUGCAUAUUAUACACCAUCGAAAAAUAUGAUUGUAUUUCCAGCUGGAAUUUUACAAACACCAUUUUUCGAUCCUAAUAUACCUAUUUCAUUGAAUUUUGGAUCGAUUGCAUCAAUUAUUGGUCAUGAACUUAUACAUGCAUUUGAUGCAAGUGGUCGACAUUUUGAUGGGUAUGGAAAUCUAAAUAAUUGGUGGAAGAAAGGAUCGGCUCAUCGUUUCGAUGAACAUGCUCAAUGUUUUAUUGAACAAUAUGAUAAAUAUCGCAUCGGUAACGAACAUAUCAAUGGAUUAUUUACAUUAGAUGAAAAUAUUGCUGAUAAUGGUGGUUUACGAAUAGCUUAUACAGCUUAUAAACGUUAUUUAAAACGUCAUCAUUUACUUUCGAUGAAAUAUAUUAAGCAUCAACAGCAGCAACUUUUACCUGGUCUUAAUUUAACAGAUGAACAAUUAUUUUUUAUUGGUUUUGCACAAACAUGGUGUACAAAAACUACGUUUGAAAAUGCUAAUGCAGCUUUAAGUACUGAUACACAUGCUCAUCCAAAAUAUCGUGUCAUUGGUUCUUUAUCAAAUAUGCCAGAAUUUUCAAAAGCAUUCAAAUGUUUAAAAGGAUCUUCAAUGAAUCCUGAAAAACGAUGUGAAAUAUGGUUAACAUCAAAGAUUGUGAAACAACCAUGUUGA